AUGUCCAAAACCUUCAGCAGAAACGAUGUCGGGUCGCACAACAAGGCCGACGAUCUAUGGUUGAUUGUCGAUGACGACGUCUACGACCUGACCAAGUUCCAAGAUGAGCACCCCGGCGGCAAGAAAAUCCUGACCCGAGUCGCCGGCAAGGAUGCGUCCAAGCAGUUCUGGAAAUACCACAAUGAGGGCAUCCUCAAGAAAUACAAACCCACCCUCCAGGUCGGAUCGCUAGACACCAAGCCCAAAGCCGAAGAACCAAAGCCCAAGGCCGGAGCCGAUGCCGAUGCCAAACCAUCCUCGACCUAUGCUGCACCUGAACCUGCGAAACAGCUCAAGAAGUCCGCCGCGCCCUCGGUUACGGAGAAGGCAGAGAGCGAAGCUCUAGAGCCGUUUGGCGCCCAAAUUCCCUUCGGCGACCCCAGUUGGUAUCAAAGCUACCAUUCACCCUACUUCAAUGAGUCGCACGCUGCACUACGAGCCGAGGUUCGCGAGUGGGUCGAGAACGAGAUCGAGCCGAACGUCACCGAGUGGGACGAGAACAAGGAGGUGCCCAAGGAGAUCUUCCUCGAGGCCGGCCGCCGCGGCUACCUCGCCGGCUUGCUGGGAGUGCAUUACCCCGUCGAGUACACAAAGAACACGGUAAAGUCGGUGGCGCCGGAUCAGUGGGACCUCUUCCACGAGAUGAUCGUCACCGACGAGCUGUCGCGUGUCGGCUCCGGUGGUUUCGUCUGGAACAUGAUCGGUGGGUUCGGCAUCGGCGGCCCGCCGCUCAUCAAGUUCGGCAAGAAAGCCCUGAAGGAUCGGCUCAUCCCCGGCAUCCUGUCCGGCGAGAAGCGCAUCUGCUUGGCCAUCACCGAGCCCGAUGCGGGAAGUGACGUUGCGAACCUGACGUGCGAGGCGAAGCUGUCGGAGGAUGGCAAGCAUUACAUCGUCAACGGCGAGAAGAAGUGGAUCACCAACGGCAUAUGGUGCGAUUACUUCACCACUGCUGUACGGACAGGCGGCGAGGGCAUGAACGGUGUGUCAUUGCUUCUGAUCGAGCGUGAAUCCGGCGGUGUGAGCACGAGGCGGAUGAACUGCCAGGGUGUGUGGUCCAGCGGCACAACUUACAUAACUUUCGAGGAUGUCAAGGUACCGGUGGAGAAUUUGCUCGGCAAGGAGAACCAGGGCUUCAAGGUCAUCAUGACUAACUUCAACCACGAGCGCAUGGGCAUCAUCAUCCAGUCGGUGCGCUUCUCGCGCGUCUGCUACGAGGAGUCUGUCAAGUACGCCAACAAGCGUCGGACGUUUGGCAAGAAGCUGAUCGAGCAUCCGGUGAUCCGCAUGAAGCUGGCCAACAUGGCGCGGCAGAUCGAGGCCUCGUACAACUGGCUCGAGAACCUCAUCUACCAGUGCGAGAAGAUGGGCGAGACCGAGGCCAUGCUGCGCCUCGGCGGGCCCAUCGCCGGCCUCAAGGCGCAGAGCACGCUGACGUUUGAGUUCUGCGCCCGCGAGGCCAGUCAGAUCUUCGGCGGCCUGAGUUACUCUCGCGGAGGCCAGGGUGCCAAGGUCGAGAGGCUGUACCGCGAUGUCCGCGCUUAUGCUAUCCCUGGUGGCUCUGAGGAGAUCAUGCUCGAUCUGAGUAUGCGGCAGAGCUUGAGGGUUGCGAAGGCGACCGGUAUGAAGCUGUAA